UCUGAUAGUAAGUCUUCAAUGCCUUUUCUUCUUCCAAGGUGUUCACAUUCUCCACAAGGACGAUACUAUGGUUCUGGCUUAAUUUUCUAUAAGUACGGGAGGAAGUGGGUUUAUUCUAUGAGGACUAAAUCAAGGGCCUUGCCUGGGUGACAAUGAAGUCUUCUUGGAGAGCAAAAGAAAAGGAGUGAAUGAAAGAGAGAAGGCUAGAAAAGUUGCAGAUCCAUCCUUUGAAAAAGGAAUGUCAACGUUGUUCAGAAGAACAGGGAAGUAGCAGUGACCCACCCAAAGGCUGGCAGUUUGCAUUGCGUCCUUCCAGAUAUCGCAGACAACUAUUUCUGAAUCAGAGGACAAAGGGGCUUUCAUUUCUGCUCAAACUAUAAGAAGCUUUAUGUGGAGAAUGGGGAAAAUGUGAACAUGGCCUGGAGCUGUUGCAAAGAAAAGAAACCCCCAGAAUUCAGCCCUAAGGUGGUGGAAGAACCAAAGUUUCCUUCCCAUCCUAAGCCUCCUGUUAUCCCAGUUGCCUACGUAUUGAAACAUGAAGAAGAUGAGGAUGAGUAUGAACCGGAAAAUAAAUCACCCCCAAUCAAACCCCCGGUCAAGGAAAAGCCCCCGAUCCAGGUUCAGGUUCAAGUCCAGGUCCAGGAGGUGAAGCAGCAACAAAUAGAACCAUCGGGUGAAGAUGACGAUCUCCAAAAGCCCUCCACCUCAGAGGAAAAGGACACCAGAGAAACACAAACCAAUCCACAUCAUUUCCCGAAAUCACCAGGAAGGGUCACACUGGAUGAGAUCCUGCAUGGGAUGCAAAGGAUCCAGUUUAUUAUGGAUAACACAGUGACUGAUUUUGAACAACGUAUCUCCCGCUUGGAGCGGAUAGUUUUAAAAAUGAGGAAUGCGUGGAUUCACCACAGAACUUGCCAUCUUGAGGGUCUGGAAUAUGAUGAUGAACAUGAAGAUUAAUUUUUAAAA